AUGAAGGCUUUAGUAGCGACUGUAAUCAGUCUAGCACUAACGACUGUGGUAAUAGGCAAUGCUUAUUACCAGAAGAAACAGUUUUAUCCCUCUGUAGUUUACCUCACCAACUCCAACCCUAGUAUGGCUGUCAUGUAUCUGCAAGCUUUCAUACUGGUACUGUUGUUGGGUAAAAUAUUAAGAAGGAUCUUCUUUGGCCAACUUCGACCUGCUGAAUUUGAGCACUUAAUUGAACGCUCCUGGUAUGCCAUAACAGAGACUUGUUUGGCGUUUACGGUGUUCCGAGAUGACUUCAAUCCUAAAUUCAUAGCUCUGUUUACCCUCUUGCUGUUCCUGAAAGCUUUUCAUUGGCUAGCUGAAGAUAGAGUUGACUAUAUGGAGAGGAGUCCCGUAAUUGGAUGGUUAUUCCAUGUUAGGAUCCUGAGCCUGUUGAUGCUUUUAGCUCAUGCUGACUUGUACUUCAUACACCACGCAUAUGCCUUCACUGCAACUAAGGGCCCCUCAGUACAAUUGGUCUUUGGUUUUGAAUACAGCAUAUUAAUUAUCAUGAUUGUGAAUAUAUUGAUUAAGUAUGUCCUGCACGCCAUCGAUUCACGCUGGGAGGCCCCAUGGGAGAGCAAGGCGGCAGUGCUACUCUACACCGAGCUGGCCAUCAACUUUCUCAAAGUUCUGCUCUACGUUGGUUUCGUAGCGGUCAUGGUCCGAAUUUAUACACUGCCUUUGUUCGCUUUCCGACCCAUGUAUGAGACUAUGAGGAGCUUCAAGAAGGCGUACAACGACGUGGUGCUGUCGCGGCGCGCCAUCCGCAACAUGAACACGCUGUACCCGGACGCGACGCCCGCCGAGCUGGCCGCCGCCGACAACGAGUGCAUCAUCUGCCGCGAGGAGAUGCACAGCGGUGCAAAGAAGCUCCCGUGCAACCACAUAUUCCACGCGGCGUGCCUGCGGCUGUGGUUCCAGCGGCAGCAGACGUGCCCCACGUGCCGCCUGAACGUGCUGCGCGCGCCCGAGCCCGCCCCCGCGCCCGCCCCCGGGCCCGCGCCCCCGCCCAACAACGCGCACGCGCCCGCGGCUCCGCCCCCGCCGACUGCGCCCGCGCCUCCGCCCCCGCCCUUCCCCAACAUGCCGCCGCCGCCCCCGCUGCUGGGCUGGGGCCUGCCGCCGCCGCCGCCGCGGCCCGCCGCGCUGGCCAGCCUGGGCGCCGCCGAGCUGCGCCGCCUCGAGGGCAGCGAGCGCCGCAGCGUGCAGGCGCGCCUGCAGCUUCUCCGUGAAAUUCAAGCGAUGUUAGACGCGUCAGUGCUCCUCAUGCAACAAUAUUCUAACGUUGUCUCCAACCUGCCUUUGAAUUGUCAUAACGUCGCCACCCAGACAGAUAUAAAUCAGACCGACCCAGCCCCAGAGGUAUCGCCGGUGCAAGUGAAGACCGAGCCAGACGUGGUACCCAGCACUUCAACAUACACGCCGAUGCCGGGACCCUCGACGAGCAAGGAUAAUUUUAAUGUUUCGAGUGAGACUCCCGAGACGACAAAUACUGAUGCUUUUAGAGAAACCCUUGAUGCCGAUGCAGAAGAGCUUAGAAGACGACGAUUACAGAAAUUUACAGCAGAGAAAUGAGACCUUUCUUGAGAACCUUUGUAUUUUAUAGUUAUGGGCACGGAUUUUGAGUGCUGACCUUCAACCUGCGACAAAUGAAUUUUUGGGGUCUCUUUGAUUGUAUGAAGUGAGACACAGGGGCGACAUAAUCAUAUUGUCUUGCAAUUAUAUUGGUCAGUCGCACUUCACGCAUAAUCGAUCCUGCGCUUUUCGUGAUUCAUUCCUUUCUCUUGCUAUAGGUGCAAAAACUUUUUUUAUUAAUUAGUGGUUUGAUAAAACCCUAUUAUUUUCUUGCCUUAUGACUUUAAUUAUGUCGAAUUGGCUACCACUAAUACUUAAAAUUUUAUUUUUUGUACUAUUGGAACCUAUUUACUUUUAUUUUUCAAUUUAUUUUCCUUUCAUACAUAAAUUAAAAAAUGGAUUAUUCGCUAAAAUAUUUGCGAUUACUGCACGGUGUGCAAUCGCUGUCGCUGUCGCUGAGCGCUCAAGAUCCGUGCCGUUAACUAAACCUGAUAUUUAUAUUUAAUGUACAAAGUGUUUUGGUAUGUGCAAGCAUUGUGUAUUUUAAUCAGAAAUAAAUGUAUUUGUGUUCUUGUAAA